CGAUAACAAGGAGAACAAAAAGGAGGAGGAAAAUAUCCAUCCAAACCAAAACCAACUUUAGUAACAAAAGCAGCUUCUGGCUUUUCCUACCACACCACCAAGAUACACUAAUGGCCGUCUCCGUCUCCAUUUUAGCUAUCGUCACUUCUCUCCACCUCAUAGCCUUUGUCCUUGCCAUCGGCGCUGAGCGCCGUCGGAGCCACGCUAAGGUGGUGCCUGAUCAAUACGAUGAGAGGACUUACUGUGUAUACACGACGGACGCGUCGACGGUGUAUGGAUUGGCAGCUUUCGGGCUAUUGCUAUUAAGCCAAGCUGUGAUUAACGGUGUUACCAGAUGUCUCUGCUUUGGUAAAGGGCUUCUGAGCGGGAGCUCCUCCACUACUCUGGCCAUCUUCUUCUUCAUCCUUUCCUGGGUAAGCUUUUUGGGAGCUGAGGCAUGUUUGUUAGCUGGGUCAGCAAGGAAUGCAUACCACACCAAGUACAGGGCAGUGUUUGGCGGUGAACACUUAUCAUGUGCCACCCUCCGAAAAGGUGUUUUUGCUGCUGGAGCAGCUUUAACGUUAGUGUCAUUGCUGGGUUCAAUCCUUUACUAUUUGUCUCACUCUAAAGCUGAUACUGGGGGAUGGGAGAAACACCAGAAUGAAGGCGUUGGCAUGACACAACAAACUAGUGAAUUUGAGAAAGUUUAAUAUUAUGGUUUGAUCAGGCUAGUAUAUCCAUAGUUUUGAGGACUUUGAUCAUGGGUAAUAUGGAUGGAGCUAUCAUGAGCAUAAAUAUGAUAUGCUAUGUAAUAUUACAUGUUAGAUCCUAAUUAUAUAAUGUUUUUUCAUAUUUGUGAUGCGUUUCA